AUGGUUCGGGUAACUUUUAAAAACGGGUGUGGACCACGAGAAUACUUUUCGACCGACGAAGGGAGCCGCCUUGAGGCAUUGGCGCAGAACAUAACAGGAGGAGACACUGAGUCUGCACUGUGGCCACCAGAGGAGCGUCGUAAGCAUGGAAGGCAAAGUGAAGAAGCGAGCACGAGCAGAGAAGUGCUGGGCUUUCUCCAAGAUCACAGUCAAUUUGGUCUUGCUCGAUUCUGGAGCUCCAUCAACGUGUACGUGCUCAGUCGCAGUUAUAGUCUGGCAGUUCGAAGGCGACAAAAAGAAAAAAGGUAAGGCUCAGCCUAUCCGAAAUCCGUAUAAUACUGACCUAGUUAGGACAUCAUGCUCAUUCAUCUUGCAGAUCGUGUUAAGUGAAUGAAAAAACAAGAGAGACGCAUUCUCAUACUAUCGUAUCCCCUUACGGUUGUAGGAUUUGGGAAAGGUCUAACGCGAAGUCGUAGAAAAGUAUCUGAAGCACAAGCAAGACGGGCGGGCUUCAGAAGGAGCGCACGGGAUGAAGCAGAAGGCACUCUUCGCAGGAUCAGGAGCGCAAAAGCGACGACGCGAUUACAACAGCAGCGAACUGCAGCACGAAACAAGACAAGGAAAGAUGGCGCGCGCGGUUGCCUCGGCUGGAGCAGCAGCAGUCAACCCGGAUGCUCAUGUUACUAUGGAGGACGAUGGACAGGGAGACUAUGGUAAGAAAAGAAUGACGCACGACGAAACGGGCUUGAAUUUCAACAAGAACAGCGCGCGCGAAGUGGAUAUGGAAGCCCCAAACUACCCGAACAAAAACUCAUCUUCGUCGGCGCAUCUUCUGAGAUAUGGCAUUACUCUGCGUUUUGCUGUCAUGGCAAGCUGCCCCGAAAAUUCUGCAGAGGCCUCAACGUCAGCAAGUAGCUUCACCCUGACCGUCGGAGAGGCAAAAACGUUCCUCGAUCCUUUAAGUUCAUGCCGUCUACUCGAGCGAAGACGCGCAGUACUUGGGUCUUUCGAAGGAAACGAAGCACCUCCAGAAGGUGUUAGCCUACAGCCAACCGGUCCACGAGCACGACAAAUGGAACUUCCAGCAAGUCCCAUCGUUUCACCUUCUAGGAGCGCUGGCCCUCGAGAUGGUCGCUGUAUUUCACCUUUUCGGAAAGCUCCUCCUGUAGAUCUGACAAAACUUCUUUGCGUCCGCUACACCAAGUGCAAACUCGUG